AAGACAGAAAGUCCGUUGGAACCGUCUGCUGCUCCCUGGUCUCUGGAGAUGACGCAGGAGGACUUGGGGACAGCUGUGGGGACACGGCCCAGAUGAUCCAGUCCCGGCAGAAGUAACUGGCGGGGAUCAGGAUGCUGGAGGGUCAGCUCGAGGCCGGGGAGCCCAAGGAGGGCACCCACCCAGAAGACCCACGCCUGGGAGCUGGGGCUGCCAUGGAGAAGACAGCUGCGGCCGCCGAGGUCCCCAGGGAGGACGGCAAUGCCGGGGAGAUGCCGCCAUUACAGCAGCAGAUCUCCAGACUCUACCAAGAGCUCGGGAGACAGGAGUCUCUGUGGGCUGAUGUUCACAGAAAACUCCAGAAUCAUAUAGAUGCUUUGAGGAAGCAGAACCUGGAGCUCCGAGAAGAGCUGAGAGAUCUGAAGAGGCAGCAAUGGGAAGCCAGGAAGAAACCUGUAGCACGCCCACACGCAGGGCGAGAAUCACACACUCUGGCAUGGGAACUCGCUUUUGGAAAAAUUUCAUCUCUGUCAUUUGAUGAGGAGACGAUGCCCAAACACAUUUGCCACAAGACUCAGAGUGCCACUGUCCUGGGACAAAGGUCGUCAUCUAACAACUUAACUCCUCCAAAGACAAUGAGUUUAAAGACAGAAAGAAUUAACUUGGGGAAAACACCACCACAGGAAGAUAGAGAGAAAGGUCCUCCUGGGAGACAUCAAGACGGAAGUCCAACACCCACUGGAAGGCCGACUUCCGGUGCAGAAAGACGGGGGGUGUCUGAAGACGGAAAGGUAAUGCACCCAUCUUCCCGAAGUCCACAGAACUCCAGUGGCAGAAAAUCACCAGUGCAGGCUUCCCAGGCCGCCACACUGCAGGAGCAGACGGCAGCAGCUGGAGGAGCUGACAGAAGCUCAUCAGUCUUAGAGAGUUCCGAAGGUGUAUUUCUCAGCCACGUUGAAGCUGACAAGUUGACCGGUUCUUCCCCAAACAUUGAAGAGCUGCAGAAUCUUCCUGUAAACCCACCACCUUCCCUAGAAACAGCACAGCCUGUGGACACUAAGAUGAAAAAGGAGGAAGUACAGGAAGAAAAACGACAUCCAAAUGGCAAGGGUCCGGUUUCCCUGAGUCAAUUUCCAGGAGCUCUGCAUGCCGCUCCCUCUAGACAGGCCACGGGGCGCUGACCUGGAGGCCAGACGUUUCCAGCAUUGUUGACUGCCAGUCCAACAAUUUCCAGUAAAUAAAGCAAUACACUUUUCAGGAGGAAAAUUUGUUUGUUUUAAAUACUUAAAAAUUCCCCAAAACUAUAGCCUCAAGUAUCUUCCAGCCACCACAUUUUAGCCCUUGAGGAGAGCUCAGUUCCGGAAGGACAUGUCAAGGUGGCGGUGGUCGGCAUUGACUCAGGAAGGGGUCAGAAGAGGCACCGGCUGAGGCUGCAGCCACGGUGUUUUGUGAGCUCCGAGGAGACCCAGUCCUGCUUGGGGCAGCACAUCAUCGCUUCUUCUUCAGCUCAACAGGUGGUUCAUCUAACGCCUCUUGUUGGCCUGUUAGAAACUGGAAGUCGGCCUCAUGCUUGCUUUGCUGAGAGAACUCUGCCUCGGUAAAGGCGAGUUUAUGUCCCGCAAGCGCAUAAAGCAUUUGGACAAGUGAGCAACAGGGAAUGCUACUUGCAGUAACAGUUUGAAUUCCCUGAAAUGCUUUUGUGUUUAGUGCAGUGGCUGUAGUGGUUCGUCAGGGGAAAAGGAAACCCACAUCAUUUGAGUACCUGAUCUUGCCGUCUCCAUAGGUAGGUCCAUGAGACAUAAGUGAUGUUCCUCCUUGGCUAAGUGCAUGGAGGAAUCAAUCACUCAAGCUCAUGAAACUGUAAAGGUGAGGACACAAGACCUAGGUAACGCGCUGUGCCCUCUGCUAGUGCCAUCCUUCCUUUCUCCCCACAACCAACGGUCUCCCACCUCUGCCUGCCCCCAUGUCCAUGGCUCCCCCACCCUCCCUCCCAGGUCUUCAUCACGUUCCUCUUCUCGUGACUCAUCUUGCAUCUACUUCUUGUGUAUCUUGCAUUGGAUAUGACAAAGUUCUUUCCGUGUUUUGUUUCUUUUAAUAAUAUAAACUCCAAAAUAGAUUGUAUGAUUCUUUUCAUGUGGAACAUUUUAAAAAUUAUUUGUGCUUUAUUA